AACUGCACAAUUUUGAUCAUUUUCAUCUCCUGAAAGAAAACUGCCGCCAAUCUUGUCAGACUUUGCUGCGACGCCGGGAGAUUAGCGCGUCCUUUGUUGAAUUCGAACCCUGCGAAUAACCGGCGUCCUGAGACCUGAGACCCUGAGCAUGGGGCCGCGCAAGAAGAAGGCGAGGAGCGAGCUGAUGACCUUGGACGUGGACGGCGUCCUGGGCGAGCUGCAGCGGCUGCGGUCGGACGAGCUGCUCGAGGCGUGCGUCGAGUAUGAGGAGCUCCUCUUCUCCAAGACGUUUCGUCUGGACAAGCAGGCGCCGUGCGGCUACCGACUGUUCCUGCACGAGCGCGGCACCAACAACCAGGGGCACCACCACGGCGGCGACAUCCUCCUCUGGUCCGACCUGACCGACGCCGAGCGCCACGAGUACGAGGCCAGGGCGGCCAAACUGAAACGCCUGCAGGACCUGAUCAGGGACGCGUCGGCCAGGGCCGGUCGCCGACCCAGGAAGAGUCGCAAGCCCCGCCCAAAAAGACCUAGAAAAACAAGCAAGAAGCCCCGCGGGCCUGCCAAGAAAAGGGAGGAAACGCCGGCGCCACCUGUCAAAGGGUCCGACAUCAACUGCCUCCGCCUCAGGAACCGCACCCUGGCCAAAAGACCCUUCGCCACUUGCAAGCCCAAGGAGGAGAAACCGCCUUCGAGCCCUGAUGAACUGCAGGCAACUACUUGCCCACCUUCGGAGGAUUCUGAUGACCCUGAGGAGGACUUUAUGCUGCGGCUGGACGAGUCGGACGACGAGUACGUCCCCGACCCUGAGGAGGUUCCUUCGUCACCUCUGACGGCCUCCGACCCUGGCGAAAGCCACCCUUUGACCGUCGCCCUGCCAGGCUCAGGUGCAACCCUGGCCAAGGAAAGGGAGUGUGACUUGGACAGCAGCGAGGGGGCGUUGCUGCCCUUUCGAGGCCCCGUGCCAGGUGACGUCCUCUUCAAUCCGUUCUCGGCCACCUUCGGCUGCCUCAAGUGGAGGCAGUCCCUGGCCAUCACCCUCGAGAUGCAGAGCUACAAAACUACCCUCCAACUCCCACCCCUGGCAAUCGAGGACGCCGACACAGAAUCGAGUGAUUUGACUGAGGUAGAGGAGGAGUGCGGCAGCAGCAGCAGCAUUGAUUUGCCUCCGAUCAACGAAAUCGCUCCGUACCUGAGUCAGCAAUCCCAAGGAGUGAAUUUCGAGGAGUGGUGUUUGACCUCGCCAGGGUCAGACUUUGGUCACUGGAGGCAGAGGGAGCCUCUCAAGUUGGAGGCGGACAACGCCUGGACGAUGGGACACCCGGACGCAGGUGCAAACUAUUCCCAGCUGGGACUCGACACCAUCGUCUCUCUCUCCUCCACAGUGAUAACCGAGGAUUACCAGGAGGAAGACGGGUCAGGGCAGGUGUUGCCGUGGGGGGAGGCGCAGGAAACGACCACUACUUCCUGUUGGCGCUUUGACCCCACGCCUCCCUUCCAGAGUGACCCCGGGCAAGGUCACCUGGACGCUCCAGGGACAGGCUUUGACGACCUGGAAGCUCUGAUCGAGGAAGUUCUCCGCAGCGGCGACGCUGAAAUUCUCAGCCAACUUCCCCUCCACUUUUAGCAAAAGACAUUUUGCUGUUUUAUUUUGUGACCUUUUCAGAUUUUAGCAACUUGACCUUACAAAUGAAUGAAGCAGUUUUUGGGCAAAAUUCUCAACUGCCCUCAUGUGAUUGA